AUGGCUGAGCGGAACUACAAGAUCUGCCACAGUUUGCAUGGAAGCUGGCGAAGUGUUCGUGUAGUUCUAGGGGUUUAAUCAUAUCGUCAAAGUAAUUUUGUACAUGUGUACAUCGUAAAUAGAGAGCAGUGGUGGAUCGUGAUGCCUGCCCUAAGAUCCGUUCUAGAGACCGGACUGGACUUUGUAGAAUUCUUGGGAGAGAGGAAGUCGAAAACCGAUAGAAAGGAGCUUAAGGAUAUAUACAAUUUGGAAUUCAAAAGGAAUGGAGCCAACGACCCUAAUUUCUCCAGUGUGGUCUACGCCUUACAGAAAUUCAACAAAGCCUCCAUAAAACAAGACAAAAUAUUUUUAAAUGUAAAACCACAGGUGCGAGUCUACUAUUGUGACCAAUGGAGGAGGCCUGCUGCUAAGCCAGGGGGGACGGCUUCAGCUUCUGAGCAGGGGACCAGUGCAGUGCCCUCCACCCCAGACCGCAGCCAAACGGCUGCCUCGCCCCCUGUGGUCAACCCCGUCCUGACGCCCAAAAAGAAGCUCGCCACAGAAAUAGUCGGCAAACUGAAGGCAAACAGGGCUAAAUUGAUCGCAGACAAAGGAGGCAUCGAGAUCACCUCCGACCCUGUGGCGACCAAUGGGAAGGUUCACCUCGUCAUCGAGCAGCUCAAGACAGUUGUCAUCGUCCGGUUCCAUAUCCGCAACGCAGCGCUGAACUCCAUUUACUUCAACUACUACACAGCCCUCCAUCGCAUCCGCUGCUUCACCCUGGUGGACCAGAAGAGAGUCACGCGCAUCUCCCCGCUCCUCCUCCGUCCAGGUGACAGCUAUGUGGUGGAGGUCCACUACCAGCUGCACCUCUAUGGCCACUUCCCCGCCUCCAUGUACUUUGAAUUCUGCGCCGAGCAGCCCUCCUCCAAGCCCUUCUGCAUCGUGCGCGAGAUGGAGGCGGUGGCCAAGACCCCACUGGCUGUGGAGCUGGGGCCCGUUGCCCCCUACAGCCCCAAGAAGGGCGCCAAACUCCGGGCUCUCAACACUGUCAUCGAGGAGGGAGAACCUCCAGAGAGGUCUUUCAGCCACCCGCUGAAGAAUGUGCUAAAGCUGAAGGAUUACAAAUACCCUGCCUAUCUGAAGGAGUUAGCCCAGAAGAGGCUGGAGGACUCACAGUAUUUGUCUCCUGGUGCCAGACAGCAACUCCCAGUGGUCAGAGGUGUGCUGGACUCUGCCCUGCGCAUGAAGACGUACACCAGUCGUUUCCAUCUGCUGCUGUACCUGGAGGAGAUCCAGAUGGAGUUUGACGUCAAGAAGUACGACCUGAGCGGCCAGAUCAUGACCCGAGACAGGAGCAACAAGAAGCUCCUCAUCCUAACAGUGCCAGGGGUGGCGGAGAACAGGCCGUCAGUGCUGCGAGGAGACUACCUGAAGGCCUCCAAGACAGGAGACCCAUCACAGCCGCUCACAGUCUACAUCGGCUACGUACACCGAGUGGAGCUAGACAGAGUCAAGCUGGGCUUUUCCAGGAAGCUGUUGCAAGACUUCCUUCCUAACAUGAAGUUUGAUGUGGAGUUCACCGUCAGCCGCUAUCCUCUGAAGCUGCAGCACCGUGCUGUGGAGCUGGCCAACCAACAUCAGCUAGGCCCUGUGCUGUUCCCUACCGAGACCUCUAGCGCAACCUCGCCAACCCCUCCACGUAUAAGGAUAUCUAACCGGGACCUGGAAAGCAACCCGGAGCAGAAUGCGGCUAUCCAGCGGAUCUUGGCGGGGGGUUCCAGGCCGGCUCCCUACCUGGUGUUCGGGCCCCCGGGAACCGGCAAGACGGUCACGCUGGUGGAGGCCAUCAAUCAGAUCCACAUGUCGGACUCGUCUGCCCAUAUCCUGGCCUGUGCCCCGUCCAACAGCGCCUCUGACCUGCUGUGUGAGCGCAUGCUGGGCUACGUGGAUGCCCACCAGAUCUACCGCCUCUACGCCAGCAGCCGAGACCCCAGGAGCAUACCGCCCAAACUACUGAAACACAGCAACUGGGAUGGGCAGAAGGAGACCUUCAUCUUCCCUGACAAGAAUGUUCUGAUGGACUACAAGGUCAUGGUCACGACCCUGGUCACUGCCGGCAGGCUGGUGUCUGGGGGCCUCCCCAAGGAUCACUUCACGCACAUCUUCGUGGAUGAGGCCGGACAAGCCGUGGAACCAGAGUGCCUCAUCGGGAUUGCGGGAUUGCUGCAUCCACAGAAGGGCCAGUUGGUGUUGGCAGGAGACCCUGAGCAGCUGGGCCCCAUCCUCCGCUCCCCCAUUGCACUGGGCCAUGGACUAGGUCUUUCUCUGCUGGAGAGGCUGAUGAAGCAUAAUCCUGUCUACCAGAAGAGCCCAGAAACACACCAGUACAAUGGCCGCUUCGUCACCAAGCUGCUGCGCAACUACAGGUCUCACCCAGCCAUCUUGAAGAUGCCUAAUGAGCUCUUCUAUGACAACGAGCUGCAGGUGUUUGCCAACAAAAUGGACCGUGAUGCCUUCUGCAACUGGGAGCACCUGCCCAAGAAGGGGUUCCCAGUUAUAUUCCAUGGGGUGAUGGGGAAGGACGAGAGAGAGGCAAACAGCCCUUCCUUCUUCAACGUGACAGAGGUGGAGACCCUGAUCGGCUACCUCAGCAAGCUCAAGCAGACCCAGGGCAAGAAGGGCGUCCCCAAACUCACCUCCAAGGACAUCGGCAUCAUCGCUCCUUACAGGAAACAGGUUGAGAAGAUCCAGAAGGCCUUGAGGUCUGUGAAGGAGCUGGAUCAGUGGAAUGACAUUAAGGUGGGCUCAGUGGAGGAGUUCCAGGGCCAGGAGAGGCUGGUCGUCAUGGUUUCCACCGUGCGCAGCAGCGUCAACUACGUCAAGAUGGACCAAGACUUCAACAUCGGCUUCCUCACCAACGAGAAGAGAUUUAAUGUGGCCAUGACUCGAGCCAAAGCCCUGCUGGUCGUGGUGGGAAACCCUGUUAUUCUAAAGAAGAAUACUACUUGGGAGAGGUUUAUUCAGUACUGUGAAGACCAGGGAGGCUACACUGGAUUUGACUAUAAUGACGCGGAGGGUGAGGACGACGUGGUGACCAGGCUCGCGUCCCUCAACAUUAAUCUGGAGGCUGAGGAGCUGGAGGAGAGCGCUAUGCAGCAGCAUGUCCACCUGGAGUGGAGGAACGAACAGUGAGCACAGGGACACCCAGCCCGGAGCACCUCCAGAUCGGCCCGACGGCACGAGACAAAUCCAAACACAACCAGCUUCUGCCUUGACAAUCAAACCAGCCCUUCUCCUACAUACAGUGACCAAGUGGAUAAUAAUUGAUUCAUAAUCUACUCAACUUGUUUUCGCUGUGGCCGUUCGUUUUCUGAUAACCCAGCAUCUGUGUUUUCAACGAUGAAGAUAUUUCUUCUCAGCAUUGGCGCUAGUCUUGUUCACCUUCACUGUUGUUUUCACUUUCCAUCUCAGCACUUGUGUACCGUCGUCAGACCACACCUAUUGUAGCAGGUCCUGAGACUUUUCAUCUGUGCCUACUUUGAAAAAUACCUGGAAACAUCUCCCACAUUCAGUAGCUGCCAUGGUUAGAUAGUAAAGAGUUUUAUUUUUAUGGAUCAAUUUUGGUUUACUAAAGGGGACACUUUCUUUUUAAGGACUUUGGGGGAAUAUGAAGUUAACAGUGAUUUUUUUUUCUUUUCUUUAAAUAUUAUGUAUUCUCUUACAUGACAAAAAAAGCACUUACAAGCAUGAAUUUGGUGCAUAGUUUAUUUCAAAUGAACACAAGGGCUGUCUGUGACUCUCUCCACUCCUUAAUCUUUGUUUCUCUCCUAAUUUCAAUGGGCAUACCAUAAGGGACUUUCCACUCUUUGUAAGGACGCUUUGAGUUCAUGGAUGAUAUAAAGCACUUCGCCUCUUUGCUUGUUAGAUGGUGUCUUGCUCUGAUUCAGAUGAACCUCUAGUGUCCUACACAGCAGCUGCAUACUAGGGGCUCUGAAUGCAUCACGGGAUUGGCCGAUAUUUGGUUCAAGAUGAAACGGGCUCGUAUAUUCAGAACCAUUCUGUCAGUUAAAGUAAAAAUGUGUACUGUAAUGGAAGUGGGAAAGCAAUAAAAGAAUGGGUUGUGUGAA